AUGUCUUUUCUCAGGACUGUUUUAAACGACUCUCUCAUCAUUCAUCCUCCGGGCUUCUAUAUCAUCGGAUUUGAGACAUUUCCCUUCAUCAGUGUCUACUUCAUCUUUCUUCUUUUUGUUUAUGUGGUUACAGUGCUGUUCAACAGUUUGGUGAUCUACGUAAUUGUCUUUAAUCAUUGUUUACACACUGCAAAGUUUCUGGCUGUGGUCAACCUCGCAGUAAUUGAUUUAUUCCUUAACACAAGCAUUAUUCCCAGCAUGAUAAAGACAUUCCUCGUUAAGGACAACUUCAUUCCAUUCAACUUGUGUUUGGUACAAAUGUUUUUCUACUAUAUGUUCGGGACUUUGGAGUCAUAUGCACUCGCUAUACUUGCCUAUGACAGGUUGAUCGCAAUAUGUUUCCCUCUGCGUCACAACUCCAUCAACACACUGCGGAGCAUGUCUUGUAUUGUCGGCCUGACUUGGUCGUUUGCUCUGGGAAUCAUUGCAUUUUCUACAGGUAUAAUGACUCAACUGUCUUUUUGCAGUUCUGUCAGAGUGUUCAGCUAUUUCUGUGACUAUGCGCCUGUGUUUAGACUCGCCUGUAAUGAUUACACUCUGCACUGGUCUACAGCUACUUUUCUCACUUUUUUGAAUCUUGUAGUACCCUUUGCUUUUAUUCUCCUGUCUUACAUCAGCAUCCUGGUGACUGUGUUCAGGAUGAAAUCUUUAGACAGUCGGGUGAAAGCUCUGGCCACAUGCGUUGAGCAUAUCAUCCUCGUUGCUGUAUUUUACAUUCCACUCAUUACAAUUUUUACUAUCGGGUUUUAUCUGCGUCUGAUUGACCCGGACCAGCGUGUGCUGAGCCUGUCGCUGGCCUCUUGCAUCCCACCCUGCGUCAAUCCUAUUGUAUAUUCUUUGAAGACCAAAGAGAUCAAAAUCAGAGCCCUGGCUCUGGUAAGACAAAAUAAAAUUGGCACACCACAAACAAACCAACAAAAAAGCAAUCCUCUGAGGGUUAAUAAAACACAGCAAAAGCCAAUAUGUUUGUGCAGUGAGUAA